CACUUCUGUAAUGUUUAUUUUCAACAGCUCCCAGAUGGGGUGAAUGUGUCGAAAGAAGCAAGAAGAGCCAUAUCCCAAGCAGCCAGUGUGUUUGUGUUAUAUGCCACCUCCUGCGCAAAUAAUUUUGCUAUGAAGGCCAAGCGAAAAACUCUGAAUGCAGGAGAUGUCUUGGCUGCAAUGGAGGAGAUGGAGUUCGAAAGGUUCCUGGAGCCCCUCAGAGAAGCUUUGGAAGUGUAUAAACAAGGACAGAAGGGAAAGAAGGUGUCUGAGCAGAAACGGAAAGAUAAAGAGAAGAAGGUCGACACAGAGAAUAAUAGGAGCAGAGAUGAGGAAGGAGAGGACGACGAUGAGCGCAUGGAAGAGGAGCCUGAGGUCGAGAAUGAAGCCGAGGAGGAGGAAGAGGUGGAGAACUGAUAACAUUCUCCCCACAGAGAACUCCGUCACAUACUCUGAGAUAAUUCCUGGCCAAAUGGGAUAUGUGUGUGUGCAGCUCAGCGUCACCAUGUAUCAAAUGAUAAUGAAAUGUGAACUGAAAACGGGUGACUUCUAGCCUGAAAACAUGCAACACAAAGCACAAAGAAGUCACCUGUCUAGAUAUGUCAUGUGACCUCCAAUUUUGGAUAAAAGAAUAACAGACAAAAAAAUGCACAUUUGAUUCUGCUCCCUGAUGUGACAGUUUUUCUACAUGACAAUGAAGGGAAUAUGUCUGGUUUUCAGACAAAAUAAAACAUUUAAAAGAUGUCAUCUUGUUCAAACGUCUCCCCAAAAAAUGUAUAUUAAAUUGCAAUGAAUAGAAUUGAAAACUGUUACCUUUUAUCUGUUAAGAAUUGAAAAGAUGAAAUGAAAUCACUGAUUUCUUUGCAUAGUCUCCUAAGCCAAAGUUCUGAAAGUAGAGUUGGAACACGUGUUAUCAUAUAGGAACUUUAAGGCAGAUUCUGGCAACAUUUGGAUUUAAAUCUGCGAGAUUGAAGUUGUCACUAAUAUUGGGUACAAAAAUGCAUGUUUACAGCUUAUCCCACAACUACAGCUGAGGUGCAUUGAGACAGUGAGCUGCUGUUGGGUUUUAUACCUAGAGAAACUAGUUGUUUUGUUGUUUUUGAACCAUUUAUACUUUUGUAGACUUGUAUACAAGUUGCUAAGAUUUUUAAUAAAUUUGUAUAAAAAGCA